AUGCUUCGUCAAGCUCGUCCGUUGGUGGUGUUGAUCGCUGUGACUUUCUUGGUUGCCAGUGAAGUAUUCUCCAUGGCUCUAGCCUCCGACCAGAAUUCGAACGUUGCAUCGAUCACGAGCCAAGUCCAGCGGCUUCUGCGGACUCAUCACGCUACCAUAAAAGUCAACGCUGACUCUGAAGAAAGAUUCCUGACAGAACCCCCGCUGACGACGGAUGAAAUGAUGGCGAUGAUGAAGGCAGGGAAGUCUAAAAAUGCGUACGCUUUCGAGCUGGGUAUUGCUGGACAAAUGGCCGAUUUCAUCAACAGCGGGCUACCAGAUAUAGAAACGUUCAAGAAGACUCCGGAGUUCCAGAAGUACGAAUUCUACAUGAACUUCUUGAACGAUAUGCGGAAGGACGACGAUUAUAAGCCGUUGGUGGAGAUGAUCAAGAAGAACAAGGGCGAGACAGAAGCUUUUAAGACUUUGUUGGUGAAGGUCGAGGAUAGUGUAAGCAAGAAGAAGGCUUCUCCGUCGGCCAUUGUCAAGCUUGAUCCUUUAAAUAGGGAGCAGGCUAUCGUGGAGAAGAUCGAGCUUGCUCUUAAAAAGAAUCAGGCUUUAAAUAAGAAUAAGGCUUCGUUGGAGACGAUCGAGCACACUGUACGUAUGGCAGCCAAGUCCAAACCAAGCACGUGGAAAAUCUUUAAAAUUAUCUCGAGGCUUAAAAAAUUAAAGCUAAAACGUUAA